AUGGGCUCCUUGGAAGCGUUUUCGCCAGACUGCCCCCUGAGUCACGAUGUACUGCUUGUAUGCAUACCCACAGAUCCCAAACUGGAAUGGGCCGCUGAGGUUGAGGCCAGAUACCCGGGGUUUAAGGUGAGGUGGAUCGAACAGGAGCUUUACGGGGGCAACGGAUGCGUCUUCACGGAGGGGUACCUGGACUUGCCUCCGGAGCACUUUGACGGUGUGACCAUGGUUAUGUCAUACCUACCUCCACGGCCAGAGAACAUGAAGGGUGUUCGGUUUGUGCAGCUCACAUCGGCAGGAGCGGAUCGAUGGACUUCACACGACAAGUACAAAGACCCCGAGGUGUCCUUUUGUACUGCAAACGGUAUCCACUCUACCCAAAUAUCAGAAUGGGUCAUUGGCAUGUGGUUGAUGGCUCAGCACCAUUUUCUUCGCGCCCACAAAUUCAUGCGGGAGCACCGCUGGGCCAAAGGGAGUGAAUUUCAGCCCACUCAGGACAGCCCAGGUCUUCGCAUGGGCAUACUCGGCUACGGGGCCAUCGGUCGUCAGUGCGCCCGUGUGGCCAGUGCCAUGGGCAUGGAGAUUUAUGCAUACACCCGAACAGAGCGCCGGACACCUGAGCAGCGACGUGACGAUUCAUACUGCAUCCCCGGCACCGGGGACCCUGACGGUAUCCUCCCAGCAAGAUGGUUCCAUGGCAAGAGCACUGGUGACCUCAACGAGUUCUUGGCCUCGGACCUGGACAUUCUGGUAAUUUGCACCCCCUUGACCGACGCCACACGACAGCUGCUUAGUUAUGAGCAGUUCAACGUGCUGGCCGAGAGCAGGGACUCGAAUUACUUCUAUAGGAUCAACAAGAAGAGCCACACACUUGCCAAUGGAACCGGUGUAGGUUGUAAAGAUGGAUCCAUUAAUCGUAACCCGCACGGCUGUCUGGGAAGUGACCUUGACGAAGUGAUGGGAGAGGACACUUACGACGACUCUAAUCUCGUGACUAACCCUUUUGCCAACGGCCAUCAUAUCAAUCGACCUUUGGUGGGACACAUGCCCAGUCCGCCAUAUGAUUCGGACGACGGCAUGCGGACUCCCGUCAGUACCAUGUCCAACGGUAGCUACACCGACGAUCAAGGCAACGAUUACCUGAGCUCUGGGGGUUCCCACUCGCACCGCCCGGCCAAUGGCCAGCUAAGCUCAAACGCGUGCGUAAAGGGCGUCAAGCGCGGAACUUUUCUGUGCAACAUCUCGCGCGGGCCCGUCAUCGACACCGCCGCACUCCUCGACGCUCUCGAGACGGGCAAGAUCCGCGGUGCGGCCCUCGACGUCACAGAUCCGGAGCCGCUACCGGCGGACCACCCGCUUUGGGACCACCCGGACGUCUUCAUCACGCCGCACAUCAGUUGGAUCACCCCUUGCUACUGGGACAGGCUGUUAAGGGUCAUGGAGGAGAACCUGAGCCGCAUGUGCCAGGAGAAGCCGUUGCUGAACUUGAUGAAUCGGAAUGAACAGUACUGA